CUCUCUCUCUGUCUCUCUCUUUUUUGGCGCGCGCCUGUCUGUGUCCGUCUUCCCCCAAAAUGGGCGCAUGUGUGCGUGUGCUCCGUGUGCUUGGUGUGCGUGUGGUGGUGCGGUGUGUCUCCCGUGUCGGUGUCUAUUAUAAUAUCCAGUGAGCAAAAGCGAGUGGCCGAGUGCUCUCGCUCUUUCUGCGAAUAAUUGAAUAUAAUUCAAGUGUUUUUGUUGCACACUAUUUGUUGUGCUUAUUAUCGUUAUUAUUUGUUUAAAUUACCAACGACAACAUAAACAACAACAACAACAGCAGCAGCAAAAACACCACGCGCGCGAUUAGUUGAACAAAUUAAAUUAGUGAAAAUUGAAUAAAACAGAAGAAAGAAUAGACGACAAACGUAAAUAAAAGAAGGAGAGGUGAAGCAGGCGUGAAGAGUGGCGCGAGUGGCAGACAGAGCGGGAGAGCAACGUGUCGAGCAACAAAUUAAUAAUACAACAAAAACACGGCAGAUAAAUACAAAAAAAAAAAACCAACACAAAUUGAAAACAACAACAACAGCAGCAGUAGCAGCAGCGGCAGCAGCGAUUCUGGAUUUCUAGAGGCAGCGGCACAUUCAAAAGAUGGGCUGUGGACAGAGCAAGAUACAUUUGUAUCCCAGGAAAUCGAAGAGUAAAGCGAACGGCAAGAAAGGAGGACAUGCCGACUCAGAUGCCGAAACGGACGAGGACGAAGGCCACAUCGAGGAUGCCGAGAAGGCACAGCAGCGCGAACGCGAGAAGCACGACGAGAGCGAGGAGCUAAGCAAUAAGGACAUCCAGGAAAGCGACGAGGACGUGGCCGUCUCCCUGCUGCGCGCCAAGAACCUGUCGCUGCUGCAAAGCCAGGAAAUAUCAUCUAGCCAACAGAACUUCUUCCGCAUGCUGGACAAGAAGAUCGAUGAGGGUCCCGACUACGACUCGGCCAGCGAAACGGAGAUCGCAUUGGAGGAGGCCCGCCUAAACGCCCUGCGUCAACAUUGGGAGUCCGCCAGCAUCACGGCCUCCAUCUGCUCCUCGGCCAGCCGCUCGCUGCAGACGACGCCCAUCCGCCAGGUGCAGGUGCCACUGAAGCAGCCACCACGUGGCGCCGGCCUGCUGCUCCAGCCUUCCAGCGCGUCGGCGGUCACCGCCUCCUCCUCCUCGACGAUAGUCGCGCUGCCCACGACGGAGUAUCUACCUCAGCAUGUGUUGACGGGACGGCAAGUGGUGCAGCAGCAGCAACAGCAGCAGCAGCAACAGGCGGCAGUGCUCUACCAGCAGCAGCAGCAACUAAUCCUGCUGCCCCAGUUGGAUCCUAAUGUUGUCAACACGUCCACGGCAGCAGCAGCGGCACAGCUCGUGCAGUUGCAGCAGCAGCACCAACAGCAGCAGCAGCAGCUACAGCAGCAACAGCAGCAGCAGCAGCUACAGCAGCAACAGCAGCUGCAGCAGCAACAGCAGCUGCAACAGCAACAGCAGCUGCAACUCAAUCAGCAGCAGCAGCAACUCUACCAGCAGCAACAGCAAUACCUGCUGACCCUUCCCGCCGGAUCAAAGCCACAGAGCGUGAGUCCAAAGCGCCUCAUCUAUGGUGGCCCCGCUGCAACCACUCUCCUCUGUGCAACUGGUAUCAAAUGCAACGCCCCCGAAACUUACGAACCGCCAACCGCUCCACACAGCCAAAUCCAGCAGCAACAGCCGCCGCCUCCUCCGCCGGGCGCCUACUACGGCGAGAUGAUGCACGGCGUCCAGCCCGCUCCAGCGGCGGAAUACAAGUUCCCGCCAGCCAUCAGUGUGCAGCGACUGGCGCCGCAAGUGCAGCGGCAGCUGCGCGAGACGCAGGAACUCAUAAAAGACUCGUGCCCGCAGCUGUAUGCGGCGGGCUAUGGCAGCCCAGGACCACCGAUACGCAAUCCCAGCAGGAAUCCCACUAGAACUAGACCCACCCUGGAGACGCAGUUCUCGCAGGAACUAUCGUGAUAUCUAUAUAUGUAAACAGCCAGCAGACGAAGGAUGCACCCACGUUCACACACACCACACCACACACACAGUUGGAGAGGCCAACUGCAGCCAAAGAGGAAAGCUAAAAUUAACCAAAAUUAUCCAAAUACGAACCCCGUAACAAACACACAAAGAACAAAAAAAAAACGAAGAAAAAGCUAAAAAAAAAACUAAAACCGAAAA